AAGUCUGAGUUUGUGUGCUGACUAGCAACCACUUUCAACAUUUCUGCAAAGCUAGAGAAGGGUUCCCAGUGCCGAUUUCGACACUGUGAAGAGGCCCUUGGCAGUGACACUGUGUGCUCAUUAUGGAGAGAGAGAAAAUGUUUAGAUCCACUUUGCAGAUUUAGACACAUGGAAAUGCAGCAAAACUGCAGCAUUUCUUGUUUCUGGGAAACUCAACCACUUGGUUGUGUGAAGAUCAGUUGUAUCUUUUAUCACAGCAAACCUCGAAAUAUCAAUGGACUAUUUUUGCCACCAAGUAGCAAUAUCACACUACAGAAAGAAAAUCAGGAAGGAAUUCUACCUCUCACCCAGAGUCAGGAAUCUUUGAAGCCUCAGGAAAAUAUAUCUCGACCCAUUCACCAUCCUUUAGUUUUAAAAACUAACUUUGAGGAAGAAGAGGAAGAAGAAAAGGAACAAAAUGAUGCUUCUAGUUUAUGGACAAAGACACCUGAAGAAAUUGAAGAAAAAAGAGCAAUAAAGGAGAUGUGUUAUAAAUCUGGUGAAUACUACAGAUUUCAUAAUCCUCAAGAUAUUUCAUCUUCAAAGAGCUUAGCUCCUACAGUGGAAAAAAAGUUAGAAAAACCUUUGGAAAAUGGCAGUGAAUUACAAGAAGGGGAUGGUCUUACAGUUCCAACAAAAUUUAGCCUAAUUGAACGGCAAGGUGAGAUAAAAGCUUCAUUGGAUGGGAAACCAAGGACUGACAUUGCUGCUUUUGAAAAUGGAGGGGGUGAUUGUUUUGUUCCACAGAGGAUUAUGUUUCUUGGAGUUGAUGAAAAUAAAGCUUUAAUUAAAGAAAAAGAAAUCACCAUAUCAAAAUGUUCAAAUACUAAAGAUAACAAGGACAGUCCUCAUCCAAAGCGUUCCCUAACUACCCGACUAGGACCUACAACGCAUGUAUUAAAUGCCACUGAGAAUAUCAGUAUGAAGUGCAGAGAGGACCCCUCUUCAAUGAAUGAUGUCCAGCCAGUGAGAAAACCUCAUUUUAAAGGUGUGAAAAAAAGGAAAUGGAUUUAUGAUGAACCAAAGAACUUUCCAGGCUCAGGAAUGCGGAGAGCAGUCCAGGCUCCAAACCCCAAAAAUAAAAUGAGUUACCAUCGAAAUAAUAAAAACCGAAAUGCUGAGAACGCCUCCUAUAUCCAUGUUCAAAGAGAUGCUGUUAGGACAGUCUCGUUGAAUGCACCUUCUCAUGGCAGGACCACGAAUGGGUCCUACAGCAAAGUUGAUGUUAACAAGGAACCCAAACUCAACCUCUAUCCAGACAAAUAUACAUCAGCAUCUUAUAAUGGUUCAGCCUGGCGAAAAAGAAUUCCUUUUUCAAAAACAUAUUCAAAAACGGAAAAGAUAUAUACAGAGCCAAGAAGAAAUGGGAGCAAGUAAACAGGAAGGUUCAGAGAAGAGAAAAAUGGGAAAAGAGAAAAGUGCCAGACAUCAUCUGAUUUACAAUCAAAAAUGAAAAUUCAAAGAAUGAGAUUUUCAAGUACUCCAUACUAUAUACUGGAUAGUCAAAGAUGAUAAAAUGCAAAUUCUGAAAA